UUCAGGAAGACACUCCCCCUCCAUCCCUGGUCGGAGCAGAGACUAGAAGAUUCUGAGGAGUCAUCGGGAGCGAAGACAACGGGAGAUACAGCGGAGAUACACAGCUGCGAUACAGAGACCAGGAGAUACACAGCUGCGAUACAGAGACCAGGAGAUACACAGCUGCGAUACAGAGACCAGGAGAUACACAGCUGCGAUACAGAGACCAGGAGAUACACAGCUGCGAUACAGAGACCAGGAGAUACACAGCUGCGAUACAGAGACCAGGAGAUACCAGAAGAUACAGCGGGAAUAAACUGCAGGGAAACAACUAAGAUACACCGGAGAUAGCUGAGAUACACCGGAGAUAGCUGAGAUACACCGGAGACAUGGCCAACUUCAACCGCGGACCGGCCUACGGGCUCUCCGCUGAGGUCAAGAACAAGAUCGCCCAGAAAUAUGACCCCCAGGUGGAGGAGGAGCUGCGUCUUUGGAUCGAGGAGGUCACCAGCAUGAGGAUCGGGGAAAACUUCCAGCUCGGACUUCGAGAUGGUGUCAUUCUCUGCCACCUCAUCAAUAAGCUACAGCCGGGAUCAGUGAGGAAAAUCAAUGAAGCCAAAAUAAACUGGCACAAGCUGGAGAACAUCGGGAACUUCAUUAAGGCCAUGCAGGAUUACGGGAUGAAGCCGCACGACAUCUUUGAAGCCAACGAUCUGUUUGAGAAUGGAAACAUGACCCAGGUCCAGAUCUCGCUGGUGUCCCUCGCCGGGCUGGCCAAAACCAAAGGCUUUCACACUGUGGUGGACAUCGGGGUGAAGUACGCAGAGAAGCAGAGGAGACAGUUUGAUGACGAGAAGAUGAAGGCCGGGCAGAGCGUCAUCGGUCUACAGAUGGGAACCAAUAAAUGUGCCAGUCAAGCGGGUAUGACGGCCUACGGUACCAGGAGACAUCUGUACGACCCGAAGAUGCAGACGGACAAACCAUUCGACCAGACGACCAUCAGCUUACAGAUGGGGACAAACAAGGGAGCCAGUCAGGCCGGCAUGCCCGCACCAGGAACAAGAAGAGACAUCUAUGACCAGAAAGUAAUUCUUCAGCCAUUGGACAACUCCACCAUUUCAUUACAAAUGGGAACCAAUAAAGUGGCAUCUCAGAAAGGGAUGAGUGUGUAUGGCCUCGGGCGGCAGGUGUAUGACCCCAAAUACUGCGCAGCCCCCACAGAACCCAUUAUACACAACGGCAGCCAAGGGACUGGGACCAAUGGCUCAGAAAUCAGCGACAGCGACUACCAGGCUGAGUACCCGGACGAGUACCCAGGGGAGUAUCCUGACGACUACCCCAGAGAUUACCACGGCCAGUACAGUGACCAAGGCAUUGAUUACUAGAGAGUCUUCAGUAUUAGAUCCUUAUUUUAUUCAAUUGAGACCGAGCUAGCCUUGUGUAAUCUUAUGUCUUCCUUCUGACACUUCUCUGCUUUAAUACGGAAAUCUGCCUUAUGUCCAUUGUUUUCGCCUCUUGUUGCCCUUAGUUGCCUUCUAGAGCUGAGACGACGCUCAUUCUGCAGCGUCACCAGGAAUUGUGUAUGAAGUAUAAAGGAAACUGUGAAUAAUGGAGGGAGACUGGACAGUUCUAUUGGGAUCGAGUGUUUUACCCAAGGAUCUGGCCUUUCGCCAUGCUUCCACUUUGUGUUUGAUGCUUAUUGAUAAACCAAACUGCAGUUACUGUUGGCCAAAUUUCACUCUUUACCCCCCCCCCCCCCCCCCUUUAAAAAAAAAUAAUAAUAAUUUUUAGGUCUUCUAGCUCUGUUGUCUGUCAGGGCUGUGGAGCCAUCAGCUGGAUGUAGAUCGGAGCUGUGUCGGGUCAGAAAGUGCCAUGUGGGCGGUGCCUCACUCUAUAUAUACCUUAGUGUAUUACAUCCUAUAUUAUGACCCCUCCCACAUGUGGGAUUAGUCCUCUUCAGAGCAUGUAUAGCGCCUGGGAUGGUGUAGGACACAGAAGAUCCCGUAUUAUGACUGUGCUCCGGUAUACGGUUGUUAGAUGGGUGACUGUAGCCGGUUCUGUCUGUUUUACUGGAUGCUCUGAAGAAAUAUUCCCAUAUGGAAGAGACUUCAGUGUUUGUGAUGAUGUUAGGCUUUAUAGAGGAUCAGUGGUUAUUUCUAAAAUCACUAUGUACUGGUAUGUAAAGAUUCCUUUUUACAAUUAAUUGAUAUGUUUUCUCUCCCCCCCCCCCCCCCCCUUGUUCCAGAGUUAUGGGGUGUUUUAUUUCCAUCUGACAGAUUUUUUAAUCCGUCACAUGGGUGUACAAAGUUCUGAUGCACUGGGAGGUAUGGGUGGGCUUAUUUGGGCAGGGGUGGAUAACAUAUCCCUGCAGUACAUGCUCCUCUUAUGACAUAGACAAAGAAUCUCACCAGAUCGAUUACAUCAGAAGGAAGUGAGGGAAGCAAGUUAAUCACCCCCAGUCCUGAUAAGCCCACCUAUACCUUCAGAAUGGGGGACACAUCGACAAAAUGUAAAAAUAUGUGGCCAACCCGGCAACCCCCCCCCC